GACUGUGUAACGUGCGUUGUUGAUGCGGUCGUGUUUUUUAACAAAUUGAAACACAAGAGUUGUGUAAUAUCAAAUGAGAUAUGGCGAUUAAUAGAGGGUGGAAUUCUGAUUUAUGGAAAUCAUGGGACAAAUACGGAAAAAAUGAUUUCCUCAAGAUAAUCAAGCAGAAGUAUAAGGAAGGCGACACCACAGAAUGGAGACGAGGAUUGUACGAAUUGAUCUCAAAUGGAGUCCAAGGCAAUUUAAAGAAAGACAAUGUUGUCUCAACCCUGGGAGAACUGAUCAACAUCGAUGCAGCCAUACCCUCUACAAUCGUCGAUUUAUUCACCCUAAUAGAUGCCGAGGUUGUGAACGACAACCGAAACAACUUUUAUUACAUCGUAAAAGAAAGCGAAAAGUUUUUAACAGAUCGAAUACUCAAAGAACGACUGGAGAUUGACACUCUGCAGGACGUUGGAAUUCUUAAAAAUCGAAACUUUAACACAAAGUUCGUCAAAGUGAAGACAAAACUUUUUUACAAACAGCGUAAAUUCAAUUUAUUUCGAGAGGAGAGCGAGGGCUAUUCCAAACUGAUAGUAGAAUUGAAUCAGGAAAGACCGGCGAGUGAAGUCUCGAAUACUCUAGAAAUCGUGAAGUCUCUCAUAGGCUACUUCAACCUCGACCCCAAUAGGGUACUGGACAUAGUCCUGGAGACGUUCGAGAAUCGCCCCCAGGAUGAUGCCCUUUUCAUCCCCCUGAUAAAAUCCUACAUGUGUGACGAGCAAGUUCUCUGCGAAGUCCUAGGUUUUAAGUAUCGCUCAACCGUAGAAUCAACCCCCUUCUCCCUCCAGAAGCUCACAGCCCUGAUGCUCCAGCACAAAGUGGUUCACCUGGACAACAUUCUGCCUUGGCUAAUUCCCGACGACAAAAUCAUAAUCAAGGAUCACGAGCAAGCGAUGCGUUCAGCAAAGGAAUACGUAAGAAAGAUGAGUAUAAUAUCGACAAAAGAUCGUGAAGAUGUUCCAGAGGAGCGUGAACCCGUACAGGACAAGUACUCAGGAAACCAGAAGUUCGGUCUCUGCGAGGCCCUCCUGGAGAUUGGUGCUUGGGACGUAGCCCAGACUCUCUUCAGUCGUCUUCCAGAUCACAGCUUGACAGAUCAGCGGCCAAUAGCUCUCGCCCUCUGUCGAAUGGUCCAGUCGAUCGUUGAGCCUGUCUACCGCAAGCACUGCAUUAUAUCUCCAAAGCUCCCAGGGAGAAAAAUACCUCCCAUGAGCAAUCCCCUUGCACCAAAACCGAUGAAUGAUUUCAAUGACAUUCACGACCACCUGUUGCCAAUGCUGAUAGCCCUCGGGCCAAACCUCCAUCACGAUCCCAUUCUCAUGUACAAAAUAAUGAGAAUCUGUCAUGCUGCUAUCAAGCAAUAUCCUCUCGAUUCUAAUAAAAAGCCCAUCGACAAGAGCAAUAACGUUUACUACGACAUCCUAACAAUUCUGGAUGUAGCCCUGCUACCCGCAUUGUCUUUUAUGGAUUGCAAUUGUUGUGUUGCUGAAGAGAUGUGGAAUAUCCUCAAGUAUUAUCCCUAUCAGAAUCGGUACUGUCUCUACGCCAGGUGGAAAAAUGAUACACCAAUGCAGCACGCUGCACUCCUUCGGAAACGAGCUGACGCGCAGAAAAAAAUCAAGUCGAUCAUGAAGAGAGUGAGCAAGGAGACCAUCAAACCAGUUGGAAGGACAAUUGGCAAACUCACACACUCAUCCCCUGGAGUACUUUUCGAUUACAUUCUCAUUCAGAUCCAACUGUAUGAGAAUCUUAUCGGACCCGUUGUCGACUCUCUGAAGUAUCUAACGAAUAUUUCAUACGAUGUCCUUGGGUAUUGCCUGGUGGAGGCACUCGCUGGUGCUGAUAGAGACAGGCUGAAACACGAUGGUAACAGCAUAUCCCAGUGGCUCCAAUCACUCGCGUCUUUCUGUGGGGCGAUUUUCAAGAAAUACAAUAUUGAACUCACCGGGCUGCUUCAGUAUGUGGCUAAUCAAUUAAAGGCGCAAAAAAGUCUUGAUCUGUUGAUACUUAAGGAGAUUGUUCAGAAAAUGGCGGGAGUAGAGGCGGCCGAGGAAAUGACUGCUGAUCAGCUUGAUGCCAUGGCUGGGGGUGAUCUUUUGAAAACUGAGGCGGGUUACUUCAGUCAAGUACGAAAUACGAAGAAGUCCUCGCAACGACUGAAAGAUGCCCUUGCCGAGAACGAUCUGGCAGUGGCCCUGUGCCUGCUGAUGGCCCAGCAGAAGCACUGUGUAGUCUACAGAGAGACGGACAAGUCCCACCUGAAAUUAGUUGGUAAGCUCUACGAUCAGUGUCAAGACACCCUCGUACAAUUCGGCACAUUCUUGGGACAAACGAUGACUGUAAACGAGUACGUGGAACGUUUGCCAGGGAUCCACAAUAUGCUCCAAGACAAUCACAUCCACGCAGACGUGGCAUUUUUCCUGGCUCGACCAAUGUUCUCCCACGCAAUAAAUAUAAAGUAUGACUCUCUCCGCAAAGUCGAUCCAAACUACAAAAGAAUGUCAGCCUCAGUAAAGCAAGCAAAAUGGGCAGAGGCUGCUCAAGCGGUAAUGGCACCAGUUGCCCUGUCAGUUCGUCCCCUGCAUCCACCAAAAGUCUGGGAGGACAUAUCCCCCCAGUUUCUGGUGACCUUCUGGUCGUUAUCGAUGUCUGAUCUCUUUGUGCCAGUAGAGAGCUACCAGAGGGAGGUGAAUCGACUGAAGCAGCUGGCAGCCCAGGCAGCUGACUCCAAAGACAUGAAUGCCAGCAAAGGAAAGAAGGAGCAGGAGCGUUACACAACUCUCAUCGACAAGCUUCAGGAUGAGAGGAAGAAGCAGGAGGAGCACGUUGAAAAGGUACUGGCGUACCUCAGACAGGAGAAGGACUCGUGGUUCCUAUCACGAAGCCCCAAAUCAGCCAAGAACGAGACAAUCACACAAUUCCUUCAGCUGUGUCUCUUCCCGAGGUGCACAUUUACAGCUGUCGAUGCCAUGUACUGCGCUAAGUUCGUUCAUACAAUUCAUUCACUCAAGACAGCCAACUUCUCCACUCUCCUCUGCUACGAUCGUCUCUUUUGUGAUAUCACUUAUUCGGUUACCUCUUGCACUGAGAACGAGGCUAAUCGCUAUGGCAGAUUUCUCUGUGCCAUGCUGGAGACUGUCAUGAGGUGGCACUCGGAGAAGGCAAUAUUUGACAAAGAGUGUAGCAAUUAUCCGGGUUUUGUCACUAAGUUUAAGGUUAGCAAUCAGUUCUCGGAGGCUAAUGACAUGGUCGGCUUUGAGAAUUAUCGUCAUGUGUGUCACAAGUGGCAUUAUAAAAUCACCAAGGCCAUUGUUGUGUGCCUGGACUCGAAGGAUUACGUGCAGAUCAGAAAUUCAUUUAUCAUAUUGAUUAAGAUUCUUCCACAAUUCCCUGUGAUUGCUAAACUCUCGGGGAUCCUUGAGAGAAAGGUAGAGAAAGUGAGGGAGGAGGAGAAGGGACAGAGGCAGGAUUUACAUGUGUUGGCGACGUCCUACAGUGGUCAGCUCAAGGCCAAGACACCCCAUAUGAUCAAGGAGGCCGAGUUCCAUCAUGUUAAUGACAGAACUGCCAAGAGCCAAGAGGGUGGUAAUAAUGAAAGCAGUGACAAGGUCAGCAAUGGAAUUGGCUCCAAGGAGGGGGUCAGCAAUGGAGAGACCAGGGAGAAGGAGAAGGAGAGUAAGGACUCCAGAGAGAAGAGGUCUGUUAACAAUUCUGGAAAUCAUGAGGUCGUGGAGAAGGCUAGAAAGAAAGAGGACAGCAAGGAUGUGUCUGAUGCCAAGGAAAAAUAUGUCAAGAAGGAAGAAAAAGGCGAUAAAGAUGAUGAGGGGGAGAAGAAGGAGAGAAAGUCGAAGGAGGAAAAUUAUUAUAGUGGAGGGGUUGAUCAUUUGGAUAGGGAUUUAUCUAGUGUGUCAAAUAGUAGUGCUAGUAGCGCGGGACAGAAUCAGGAGGCUGAGAGAGAGCCCAAAAGGAGAAAAGUUGAGAGCAUUCCUAAAGAGAGUAGACGCACUGAAGGUGUCAGUGAGAAGAAAGAACGAUCUGCCAAGACAAAAGUCAGAGAUGAGCAGAAAGAAUUAAGACGGGAGAAAAAACUCGGUCGUAAGAGGGAUCGAACUGAAGAAGUCGUCGUUGCUGCUGAGCAAAAGCGAAGAAAAGACGAUGAUCGGGCAAAAAAUACCCAUCAAAAUGGCGACGUCUCAGAGCAUAGAGAAAAACAUCAUUAUAGCAAGGAGAAAUCCCCGUACACCAAGGAGAGAACUCACGAGCGUGAAGGACGUGAAGGCAGAGAUAAACACAGGAGGAGUUCGGACCCCAAACGAAGAUGAUGUAAACCAACCGACGGAGUUUGACUUACAUUUUAUAUUCCCGCGUUUGAAUGUUGUAUGUAAUAACAGCAAAAACUUUCAAAGAAAAUAAUAAUAAUAAUGAUAGAAGUAAUAAAA